AUGAAUAAACCCGAGACGGCAGGAAGGAUGGUCCAACGGGCAAUAGAACUCAGCCAGUUCGACAUCGAGUACCACCCCAAAAUAGCCAUCAAAGCACAAGCUCUUGUGGACUUCAUUGCCGAGUUCACCCUUCCAGAAGAGGACAACCCUACCAUUAAGACAGAACAAUGGACGAUCCGGACUGAUGGUAUCAAGAACCAGUUCUCAUCCUCAGGGCAUCCACAGGCGAAUGGACAGACUGAGGUGACGAAUUGGACACUGCUUAAGAUUAUCAAAGCUAAGCUGGAUGACACGAAGGGUACGUGGCCAGAAGAAUUGCCCAACGUCUUGUGGGCUUAUAAGACCACAACAAGAACCCUAACUGGAGAGACUCCCUUCAGGCUCACCUAUAGCACUGAAGUGGUAAUCCCAGUUGAAGUAGGAGUAACCAGCAUCAGACGAGAGGUAUUGCACGAAGAACACAACGACGAUCAACUGCGGAUCAACUUGGAUUAUCUAGACGAAGUAAGAGACAAAGCCUUCAGUAGAAUGACGAAGUACCAGCAGAAGAUGACUGAAUACUACAACAAGAGGGUAAAGCUCAGACGACUUGACAUAGGCGACCUCAUCUUGCGAAAAGUCACCUUAGCAACUAGAGAUUCUGCCCAAGGGAAGCUUGUCCCCACAUGA